GGAAAGUAGUGUUGUCAAGGCUGUAGUAACAACCAAUCAGAUUGUCCGUCUCGGACCGGAAGCUCUGUUGUUUACAAGAUGGCGGCGGGGAUGUAUUUGGAGCAUUAUUUGGACAGUAUAGAAAACUUGCCCUUCGAGUUGCAGAGAAACUUCAAUUUGAUGAGGGAUCUGGAUCAACGCACAGAGGAUCUGAAGGGACAGAUAGACUCUCUGGCUAAGGAGUACACAGCCAACGCCCGGACUCUCUCCUCUGAGCAAAAGCUGUCCAUACUGAGGCAGAUUCAGCAGUCUUACAGUAAAUGCAAGGAGUUCGGAGAUGAUAAGGUGCAACUGGCCAUGCAGACCUAUGAGAUGGUCGACAAACACAUCAGACGUCUUGACACAGAUCUGGCUCGGUUUGAGGCUGACCUGAAGGAAAAACAGAUCGAGAGCACGGACUAUGAUUCCACCUCCAGUAAGGGGAAGAAAGCUGAAACCAGACAGAAGGAAAAGAAGACGGCUAAAACAAGGUCUAAAGUGAAGAGUUCAGAUGAAGAUGGCAGUCCCAAGAGUGCACAGAAGAAAGUCAAACUCCUUCAGCCAGGAGAAUUCAACAGCCCUGCCGCCAACUUUGGGAAUGUGCACCCAUCUGAUGUGCUGGACAUGCCAGUGGACCCCAACGAACCCACUUACUGUCUGUGCCAUCAGGUGUCUUACGGCGAGAUGAUCGGCUGUGACAACACUGAUUGCUCCAUUGAGUGGUUCCAUUUUGCAUGUGUGGGCCUGACAACCAAACCAAGAGGCAAAUGGUAUUGUCCACGGUGCUCUCAAGACAGAAAGCGAAAAUAAAGACACCUGGAAGAAAACGUGCUCACUGAUCUGAUGGAAAAUGAGAAGAAUAUUUCUUCAUUAGUUACUAGAAUUUUUGUUUCUCAUCUUCCUUAACAUUUGGUGCUUUUAUUUCUUUUUUUGGUUUACGUAAUUUGCCUUGCUCUGAUGCAGUGUGUGUGUGUGAAGGAGCCAAGUGGUUACAAAUAUAUUUAAAUAUUGAUUUUUUUCUUAACGGUUAACAAUAAUUUUGUUUCUUUUUUUAGUUACAUUUGGUGCUAUUAUUGUGAUUUCUUUUUUUUUACAUUUUGUUUUACACGUAAAUAAUAAACACUACAACUGCCCCUAAUGUUUUAACAUUUCCAAGUUGUCACGAUACUUUAUACUAUAUUCACAUGUACAACUACAAAUUCAAGUAU